CAUACACUAGCAAAAGAGCUCACAUUCAAGUAAAAAAAAAAAGAAGUGUGAAAAAUAAUUGUAAUGGUGGAAAAACAAGCGAAAUUUACGUGGAAUAGAGGUAAAAUAUUGGGUAAAGGAAGCUAUGGUCUUGUAUCAAUGGCUUCUACUGCUACCCGUUCUCGUAAGAUACCAUCUCUCAUUGCUGUUAAGUCUAGUUUGUUGAAUCGCUCUUUAUCUCUUCGAAAUGAAAGAGAAUUCUUAAGAAUGUUUGAGGAUUGUCCUCAAAUUAUUCAAUGUUUUGGAUUUAAUAUCACCUUUGAAGAUGAUUUAUAUCUUUACAAUUUGCUGCUUGAAUUUGCCUCAGUUGGAAGCCUAGCUGAUCGUAUUAACAAACUAGGAUUGCCUGAGUUUCAAGUCCAAAAGCACACAAAGAAUAUACUUUUAGGGCUAAGUUUGAUUCACAAAAAAGGGGUUAUUCAUUGUGAUAUAAAACCCGAAAACAUUCUUCUUACUGGUGAUGCUGAUGAUGAGGUGGCAAAGAUAGCUGAUUUCGGACUUUCCAUAACUUUGGAGCAGAACUCGAAAGAGAAUGUGGGGCAAAGAGGAACUAAAAGGUAUAUGGCACCUGAAGCUCUACUUAAGGAGGAGUACUGCCCAGGAUUUGAUAUUUGGUCUCUCGGAUGUACUGUUUACGAGAUGAUUACUGGGGAACCCCUAUGGGAAUCAUCAAUUCUCAUGUUGAACCGAAUUAAGUAUGAGGAACCAAUUAUUCAGAAUCCUAAACUGUCUACAGAGGCAAAAGAUUUCCUGAAUAAUUGUUUGGCCAGGAAUCCAAGCGCGCGUUGGAGUGCAGACAUGCUCUUGAAUCACUCAUUUUUGAAAUCAGCUGAUGAUGUCCAGCCUCCAGAUACGAAGAAGAGGCAAUGUGGUGGCAUGUCUUUGUUACGCAAGAAACGCACAAAGACAGCAUUCACGACAAAGCCACACGUUCCUAAUUUGGUUAUACAAGUUGAUUCAGAUACUAAUGACGGAAACUAGAUUGUGCCCAAAUUAAUUAAAGCUGCUAGCUAGUUUCUCAUUAUCUAUAGAAAGUUGGUUUUAGGGGUCUAAUCUGAUUGUGUUAAGUAAGAAGUAGAUGUGAGUCUGUGACCAAAAUUAUCUUCAGCCUGUGAGCUGUGACUAUGAAUUAUGUUCAUCUCCAUAAUUAUCUUUCUUGUGUUGUGUUAUACAAAUCAGAAUGUUAUAUGAAAUAUUUCAAACCAUGUGAUAUGUUCAUCAUUCGAUUAUUGUGAUUUAAUCUUUGUAACUUCAUUUUUUUUUUAUUUUUGCAUCUAUCUUGACUCUCUAAUUCAGUUUUGUUGG